AUGAGUUCUUUAAAAUGGAUAGUGAUUAGUGAUGAAUAUAACGAAGGUCAAAGCGAUAAUAUUAAUGAAGUCCUGCUGUCAGAUAUCAACAUCAAGGUUGAAGAAAAUGCUACUUCUUUACUUUGCACCAGGAACGAGACCGUAAAUCUUAUCUCAAUUUUUGGCCCAGCAAGGUACGUAACUAUUAUUAUUUUCAUGACUUCUUCUGCUAUAGAGACAGUCACAACAGGAGUUGAUAUUUCCGAGAUAUUUGUACCACUUAAGGAAUUCUCAAAGUUAAAUGAUAACAAAGAUAUUGACAGCAAUACUUUAGUUGGAUUUGUCGACACGGAAGGACAAGACAGCGAUGAUUUUGAUAUUUACCUUUUCUCCCCUAUCCUUGUAACUUCGAAAAUCGUAAUUUUCUGGUGGCCUGGAACGCUUCUAAUAGAUACAAUUCUUAAUAGUUUGGGUGCAAUGACAAAUUCGGCGAAACGAAUCACACGAGAUGCUCAUUGUCAACAUCAAAAUACAAAACCAUAUAGCCAUCUCCAUAUUAUUUUCCGUUCCUGGAAAAACAAUAGUACACCAGAAGACGUUAAAAAAUUACUAUUAGAACCUCAAGAAGUUAAACGAGAGAAAGACAAAGAACACAACAGUAUUCAUGAAAUGUUAAGUGACUGUUUUGAAAGCAUUGAUAUAUGGCUCUUUCCGAACAACGGCCUGAUGCAAGACCGCGAAAAAUCACUUUUUGAAGACUUUAGUGACAAUUGGAAACAAACAUUUAAAGAUAUGCGCAAAAAAUUUUCUGACCAAUUGAGUAUUAAUGAACCAAAGCACGGUGCUGGUAGAAUGCAAAUUGCCCGCGCUAAGACUUUAGCAAAAAACGCACUGAAUGAUUUUAAUGCACUUGUGAACGAAAUGGAUCCUCAAUAUAAAGCAGAUGGAUGUGAUAAUGAGGGUAUUGAUACAUAUUUAUACGUAGAACUAAAAAAUUUUAAAGAAAAUUUAAAACUAGAGGGCUUAUCUGAUAACGUUGUGAAUGAAAUUUGUGCGGACUAUAACAAAUCAAUCAGCUUAAUAGUGAACGAGUUAAAAAAUAAAAUUGCGACGCUAACUAUAGAAGUACAAAACUUUCAGAUCCGAAUUGAUGAAUCCCUGUCUGUCAUAGUAAGAAAAUCGGACCUUACAAAAUCCCUCAAAAAAUUAACCCAACAACUAUGGAAUGAUUUCAAUGAUAUGACCAAGGAUAUUCCAAAGGGUUUCGUACAACAGCAUCGUGAAAAACUUGAAAAUUAUUUACAAAGAAAAAGUUCUGUAUCUCAUGGUUGA